CCGUCGAGCUAAUGCAAGCGCGCGGGAAUUGUCGUCUCUGCCUGCUUCGCGGCAGCUCUUCCCGAUUGAUUCAAACCGAAUCCAUCAUCAACGAGCUUCGAGCCUGUUCAAAUCCUUCUCCUUCGAAGAAAACAUUGACCCAAAAACGCGAAUCCAAAAACACCAACCCCGCAAUUACCGACUCCGAUAUAGUAAAAUGGAACAGGAAAAUCACCGCCUACAUGCGCAGUGGUCAAUGCGAGUCCGCUUUAGGCGUUUUCAAUGGCAUGCCCCGUCGGAGUACUGUCACCUACAACGCAAUGAUAUCCGGUUAUUUGAGUAACAACAAGUUCGAUCGUGCACGGCAGGUGUUUGAGAAAAUGCCCCACAGAGAUUUGAUAUCUUGGAAUGUGAUGCUUAGUGGGUAUGUGAAGAAUGGUAAUCUUAGUGCGGCUCGGACUUUGUUUAAUCAGAUGCCUGAGAAGGAUGUUGUUUCUUGGAAUGCUAUGUUGUCGGGGUAUGCUCAGAAUGGGUAUGUGGAGGAGGCUAGGAAAUUAUUUGAUGAAAUGUCGGAUAAGAAUGAGAUUUCAUGGAAUGGGUUGCUGGCGGCGUAUAUUCAGAAUGGGAGGAUUGAGGAAGCUAGAAGGUUGUUUGAUUCCAAAAUGGAUUGGGAGAUUGUUUCUUGGAAUUGUUUGAUGGGUGGGUAUGUGAGGAAAAAGAGGCUUGAUGAUGCAAGGAUUCUUUUUGACCGUAUGCCAGUUAGAGAUAAUAUAUCUUGGAACAUAAUGAUUACAGGUUAUGCUCAGAAUGGGCUGCUGUCAGAAGCUGGGAGAUUAUUUGAAGAGCUACCAAUUAAAGAUGUGUUUGCUUGGACGGCCAUGGUAUCUGGUUAUGUGCAGAACGGAAUGUUGGAUGAAGCAAAGAGAAUUUUUGAAGAAAUGCCUGAAAAGAAUGAAGUUUCAUGGAAUGCGAUGAUUGCAGGGUAUGUGCAGAACCAGCAAAUAGACAAGGCAAGGGAAUUGUUUGAUCAAAUGCCUUCACGGAACAUUAGUUCUUGGAAUACUAUGGUAACUGGGUAUGCUCAGAGUGGCAAUAUUGAUCAAGCCAGGAUUCUGUUUGAUGAGAUGCCUCAACGUGACUGUAUAUCAUGGGCAGCUAUGAUCGCCGGCUAUGCCCAAAGCAGCCAGAGUGAAGAGGCCUUGCAACUCUUUAUUAUGAUGAGAAGAAAUGGAGAAAGGUUAAAUAGAUCUGCGUUGACAUGUGCAUUGAGCUCGUGUGCAGAGAUUGCGGCUUUCGAGUUAGGGAAACAGCUUCAUGGACGGCUAAUUAAGGCAGGAUUCCAAACUGGGUAUUAUGUGGGAAAUGCUCUUUUAGCCAUGUAUUGCAAAUGUGGAAGUAUAGAAGAGGCACUUGAUAUUUUCGAAGAUAUAACAGAUAAGGAUAUUGUUUCCUGGAACACACUGAUUGUAGGUUAUGCUAGGCAUGGAUUUGGUAAAGAGGCUUUAGCUGUUUUUGAGUCAAUGAAGAUGACAAUCAAGCCUGAUGAAGUCACGCUGGUUGGUGUAUUGUCUGCUUGCAGCCAUACUGGCUUAGUAGAUAAAGGCAUGGAAUAUUUUAAUUCAAUGCAUGAGAACUAUGGUAUAACAGCAAAUUCAAAACACUACACGUGCAUGAUCGAUCUACUUGGUCGUGCGGGUCGGCUGGAUGAGGCUCUGAAUUUAAUGAAGAACAUGCCCUUCAGCCCAGAUGCAGCAACUUGGGGUGCUUUACUCGGUGCAAGCCGAAUUUAUGGCAACACAGAAUUAGGGGAGAAGGCUGCUGAGAUAAUUUUUAAGAUGGAGCCUGAUAAUUCGGGAAUGUAUGUUCUUCUCUCAAAUUUAUAUGCAGCUUCAGGGAGAUGGAGUGAGGUUAGGGAGAUGAGAAUGAAAAUGAGAGACAAAGGAGUGAAGAAAGUGCCUGGAUAUAGUUGGGUUGAAGUACAAAGCAAGAUUCAUAUAUUCAGUGUUGGAGAUUGUUCACACCCAGAAACAGAUAGGAUAUAUGCUUAUUUGGAAGAGUUGGAUCUAGAAUUGAAGAAAGAUGGGUAUGUUUCUUCUACUAAAUUGGUGUUACAUGAUGUGGAAGAGGAGGAGAAGGAAAACAUGCUCAAGUAUCAUAGUGAAAAAUUAGCUGUUGCAUUUGGUAUUCUGUCUAUACCACCUGGUAGACCAAUCCGAGUGAUUAAAAACUUGCGGGUGUGUGAAGAUUGUCACAAUGCCAUUAAACACAUAUCCAAGAUUGCUAAAAGACGGAUAAUCUUGAGGGAUUCUAAUCGCUUUCACCACUUCAGUGAAGGUACAUGUUCUUGUGGAGAUUAUUGGUGAAAUUUCUUAGCAAAUCCUUUUUGCCAAUAUGGUUAUUCAACUAAGAUAAUUAAGAAUUGAAGAUUAGCAAAUGAUUAAACUGUGAACAAUCUGGAAGGGCUUCAAGAAUUCGAUGAACUUGGAUCAGAGUUUUUUUGAAGAUAGCUCAGGAUGAGAUUAUUGCAUGUCGUAAAUACUUGUGCCACAAAGAAAUAUUGAUACUUGUCAUUGAUAUCGAAUGCAGUCUCAUGAGAUCAUUUUCAGAAAUAUUAGUGUAAAAAAACCAUAUAGUUGGAGUUAAAAUUACUGGAGAAGAAGGUUAGUGAAUAUUACGGAGAAAAGGACAACUGCCGUAAUGGUAUCACAUUAUGUACUGAUACUGAUACUGCUGCUAUCGGAAGAUACAACUUCUACUAGAUUGUGCAGUAAUUAGGAUAUUGGAGAUUGUGUUCUUUGCUGCCGUACUCCACGACUUGGGUGACUUGGGUGCGUAUGGCAUGUAACGGACAUGCAGCUAUGGGCAACACACCUUGGACAAGCAUGACUGUGGCAUCUUGCACCUACGCUGCUCAAUCUUAUCUCGUUAGCAGAACUCAGAAUUUGUUUUGAGAAGGGGAUGGGGUUGCACAUUACUUGGAAUUAGUAAUGCUUUUGGCGUGCCAAGUCUUCUGUAAGUUCAUUUGAUGUUCAUUAAGGAUUGUCUAACUGCAUCAUUUAUUGAUCUCAUUUCUACAA